CGCGCGUGCGUGUGCGUGCGGAGGUGGCAGGGACGCAGGGACGCGCAAGCGUCGUAGAGUUUCAUGGACUGAGGUUACUUUCAUGCGGCCUGGUGGGUCCUGUGUACCCGAAGGUCUGCUGGUAAACAUAAGAAUUUGCGGCAAGAUCCGUAUCCUAGCGGCAAUAUAUUAAUCCUAUCAUUAUAUUAGAAUAUUAGGUGUAUAUAAUUAGGCUCACUAUGGAUGUAUUUUUAAUGAUCAGGCGAAAAAAAUCAACGAUAUUUACCGACGCGAAGGAUGAUACCACGGUGCUCGAGUUGAAGAAGAUGAUUGAAGGUAUAUUGAAAAUCCCACCUGUAAAUCAACAGCUGUUUAACAAGGACAAUCUUCUCAUGUCGGACAACAAAACUUUACAAGAUUAUGGACUGACAUCGUCAACUGCGAAAGCACAAUGUCCUGCAUUAGUUGGUUUAGCCGUGCGCCAACCUGAUGGCCAGUUUGAACCUCUCGAAAUGACACCGUUCUCACUACCGCCGGAUCUCCCUGACGUUAUGAAGUCCCAGGAAAACAAUGGCCAAGAGCAGUCUCCUUGAAAUGACGCGGACGAUAUUGCGUCAGUCGACGAUGAAGUUUUGUGUUCUACGCAAUUUAGUAAUCGUCAUGGCAGCUCUGGAUGAUAAAAAGGGCAUAAAGAAAAUCUUACGUACCACGUAUGUGAAUAUUAGAGUGUGAAUAUUAUAUGAUAACGAACGCCGUACGAAUAUUAGAUAUAUGCAACUUUACACAAAUAUUCAGAGCUGCAAAAUUUUUCAAUGUUCAAUUUUAAAGAGGAUGCUAUAUAGUCACGCAAUCUUCAGUCUCUUCUCUCGUAAGGACAUGUGAUGAGUACUAAUUUGUACUUGAUUAUUAGACUGAAAGUGAUAAUAAAAGUAAAAAAAUUCUGCUCACUAUUGUGCAUCAAACCAAAUUUAUAUAGCUGUAAAAAUUAUUAACAUAAGUGUUUUGUUAUGGUCAAAAUGCGAAAUAUAAAUACCUCAGCUUACAUUUAAGUUACAGGUAUAUAGCGUAAUUAUUUUAAAGUACUUUUCCUUUUAAUGUCUUCAAAUUGAAUAUCUCGUCCAUCUGUGCUGCGUAUUUCACUUACCUUAUGUACAUCCUUGUACCACACAAGGAAAAUCAAUUUAGAUACAAUGUUCUGUUAAAUUUUUUAUAUAACAUGUAUAACUAGUGUGAAUAUUUAAAUUACAAGUUUAAUUGAUAGUCACAUUGUAUGGGCAUACAAAGCAAACUGGAUCUGAGCUAUUAUACAAUAUGCAAUCAUAAAUGUAAAAUAUAAUGCUCUAUAAUUAAUAAUUUUUAGUUAUAUAAUAUUGUAUCCUAUUAAUUAUUGUCUAACUUAUAACAGUUUUAUAACUAAUGACAAACACCAUUAACUGUAUGUUACAUUAAGACUUGUAACAAUCUAUACACAAGUAAUGUCAUACCAUGUGAAAGCAAACAAAAAAUAUGUACAUGAUUACGUAUUUUACAUUAUUUAAUAAUUAAACAAUUCUUCUGGCAUCUGUUUAUAUUAUUAUUCAUGUACACGUUUAAAUUUCAAUAGAUUUGCAUGCUGGACCAGCAGAAUAAAAUUCAAUAAUAAA